AUGAGCUGGUUACCCGAUGAGGAUGGUAUAAGGCAGACACUGGAUCUGCUGCGUAAUUCCCAGUCAUCAGACACCAGUGUCCAAAAGAUUGUGCAUGAGAAGUUAAAUGAGUUGAAUAAUGUCCCUGAUUUUAACAAAUACUUAGCCUUCAUAUUGACGAGUGCUGCUUCCGAAAGCGAUAGUACGCGUUCUCUCAGUGGUCUUAUUUUAAAGAACAACCUCAAAAGUCACUUCAAAAAGUGUCCCCCUGAGCUAAUAUGCUACAUCAAAGAUGCGUGCCUGCGGUGCGUUAGCGAUAGCUCACCUAUGAUUAGGUCAAUUGUUGGUAUUCUUAUUACUACAAUUGUAACAAGUGAUGGCCUUCAAAACUGGCCAGAGUUACUUCCGAAGUUGGUCGAAUGUAUUGAUUCGCAUGAUAUUAAUUUCAUGGAGGGUGCUUUUGGCGCAAUCGAGAAAAUAUGUGAAGAUUCUUCAUCACAGUUGGAAGGUGAUCCUAUCGGUUGUCCGAUGGCCUUAUUGCUGUCUAAGUUUCUACAAUACGCCAGACACGAUAGUCCUAAAAUCAGAUCUCAUGCUCUUGCAUGUAUCAAUCACUUCAUUCACAGUCGAUCUCAGGCACUGUUACAUUUUGUUAACGAGUUUCUGGAAUGCUUGUUCUCCUUGGCCGAUGACAGCGACCCAAAUGUUCGGCGGCAUGUUUGCUCAGCAUUCGUGCAAUUGCUGGAGGCUCACUUGGACAAAUUACUUCCUCAUCUGUCUCAUAUAAUCGAGUUUAUGCUUUUGCGCACCCAAGAAGCAGAUGAAAAUAUUUCCAGAGAGGCGUGCGAAUUUUGGCUUUCCUUAUCAGAACAACCUGUGUGUCAUCAGGCCCUUUCUCCAUAUAUUGCAAGACUGAUACCAGUUUUAGUGAAUGGGAUGAAAUAUUCUGAAAGUGAUAUGGUAUUACUUCGGAAUGACUUAGAGGAAGAUGCUCAUGUACCUGAUAAAGAAUGUGACAUACGACCUCGAUUCCAUAAAACCAAGAAUAAACUUUUCUCACAUGAGGAAGAUGAUGAGGAUGAAGAUGAUGACUACGUCUCUAACUGGACUCUUAGAAAGUGUUCUGCAGCCGCCCUGGAUGUACUCGCCAAUGUAUUUCAUACAGAUUUCCUACCGAUAUUGCUACCGAUAACAAAAGAACUUCUGUUUUCUUCUCAAUGGGAACUAAAGGAGUCAGGCAUUUUGGUCCUUGGGGCUAUUGCAGAAGGUUGUAUGAAAGGCAUGAUUCCAUAUCUUCCAGAAUUGUGUCCAUUUCUCAUUGGAUGUUUAUCAGAUGAUCGUCCUCUAAUACGUAGUAUAACCUGUUGGACACUGAGUCGGUACUCACACUGGAUCGUUGGUCAACCUCAUGAGCACUAUUUUAAACCUCUUAUGAUUGAGCUUCUCAAAAGGAUUUUAGAUUGCAACAAACGCGUGCAAGAAGCGGCUUGUUCUGCUUUUGCGACACUGGAGGAAGAAGCGUGUACAGACCUUGUGCCUCAUCUGGACAUCAUUCUACGAACGUUAGUAUAUGCAUUGAAGCAGUAUCAGCACAAAAACCUUUUCAUUUUAUAUGACGCAAUAGGCACUCUUGCAGAUUCUGUGGGUCAUCAUCUCAAUCGACCGGAUUUUGUAGAAAUGCUGAUGCCUCCGCUUUUUGAAAAAUGGAAUGCGUUACGAGAUGACGAGAAAAACCUAUUUCCACUACUCGAAUGCCUUUCUAGUAUGGCUACUGCUCUGGGAACAGGUUUCUUACCGUACUGUGAUCCUGUGUUCAACAGAUGUGUCAACCUUAUUGAUCGGACGGUUCAGAUGAGUAAACUUCAUGCUCAACAACCUGAUGUUUAUGAACCACCAGACAAAGAUUUUAUGGUAAUAUCUUUAGAUCUGUUGAGUGGGCUAAUGGAGGGCCUUGGGUCACAAAUGGAGCAUUUGGUAUCGGGCAGUACACUGGUGAAAUUGCUCUGUGAAGCAGCUCAAGAUGCUCAACCUGAUGUCCGCCAGAGCAGUUUUGCCCUUCUGGGAGAUUUGACAAAGGCAUGUUUCGCCUACAUCCAACCACAAAUUAGUCAGUUUAUGACAAUUCUUGCUAAUAACCUAAGUUCGGAACAUAUAUCUGUUAGUAAUAAUGCAAUUUGGGCUAUCGGUGAAAUUUGUAUUAAAUUAGGUGACGACAUGCAACCUUAUGCUCCUAUGUUCAUUCAUCCACUGAUAGAGAUUAUUAAUCGUCAAAGUACACCCAAAACGUUGCACGAAAAUACCGCCAUAACUAUUGGACGCCUUGGUUACGUUUGUCCGAAUGAAUUGGCUCCUCACUUAGCAAGCUUCAUUCGUCCCUGGUGUCUGUUCUUGCGCAAUAUACGAGAUAAUGAAGAAAAGGACAGCGCAUUUCGUGGUAUUUGCAAUCUAAUUACACUUAAUCCAAACGGAGUUCUCAAUGAUUUCUUGUUCUUCUGUGAUUCAGUUGCUUCAUGGAAUAAUCCAAAAGAAGAUUUAAAGGAGCGCUUUCACGCCAUUUUACACGGUUUUAAGUCUCAAGUUGGAGAGGAUGACUGGAAUAAAUUCUGGAAUCAAUGCCCUCCAAUGUUGCGUGAACGAUUGUCUCUGCAGUACAAUCUAUGA